CACUCAUUGCUCUCAAAAAAUACGAUAUAAUAAACAUUUGUCCAUCAGAAAAGGGAAUUCAAGAAACAAUUAUUCAUCCCACAAACAUAUUAUACUGCACAUUAUGAGCUACAUACUCUCUGCUUUCUCCACCUUCUGGAGAAUAUUUGUACAGGUGAAGAGAAACAUCAAAGGUAACUGGUGCACAUCACUUUUAUAGAAUGUAAUAAUUAUCCAAACUACAAUGUCAGGCCAUUCAAAACUAUGAGUGAAUCACAAGAAUACAACUACACUUCAUUCAACUACAUUACAUUCAAAAAUACAAAUACACUUCAUGAUAGACAGUCAAAUCAUAAGUACAUUUCAUUCUAAAAUACAUGGUCCGUUUAAAGAAGACCCAGUAAAGGUUGGAUUAUUUGUUUCCAAUUUCCCAACUAAUAAUCCAACCUUUUAGCGGUUUUCUUACAAUAGUCUCACCUUUUCGUUACUCAUUAAUAAUCCAACCUUCACAUCAUCUUCAUUCACUGGUCCCUAACCGGUUGAUGUCCUGUUAUUCCAAGUUAUUUUCUUAUCUUUGCAAACCAUUAUACAAUAAAUCUCAUCUUUCACAAAGACUUGCAAAUCAUGGACCCUCAAUUACCCAUCUCAAUAGAUGGAAAACAAACCUUGAAGCAAUUUCAGAAUGCUCUUCACCAUCUUCGCAUGGAUCGAGCCCUACCCUUUCAAUUUUGGAGAACGAUGGUGUGCUCACACAAUCCAAGUGUGAGCCGGUUAUAGACGACGAUGAUGAUGAUGAUCAAUCUGAGCGUCAUGAGGGUUGGACGUCUACUGAAACAAAUCCAGGAUGGCUGGUCGUGAAGAAGGCGAGAAGGUGAACUCCUGUGAUGUCCAUCCACUUUGAUGUCUACUUAAUUUCCAGAUCCACUUGUGCAUGUCUUCCAAGACACUCCAAAGGGAAAAAUCCUCUUCCUUGGCUCUAUCUUUUGGUUAUUUUUUUGUGUUAUGUGUUCCGAUUUGAACAUGUUAUUGAAUAUGUAUGUACUAGUGUUGGAUUUCAAUUUGUGAUUGAUAUAAUCCGUAUGUGUGUACCAGUGUUGGAUUUGAAGUAGCCUUUGGAAUAUGUGUGUUGUAAUUUUGGAUUUUAAAUUGUGAUUGGAAUAUGGUAUGUGUCAU